CUCGGCGAAAGAGGGAGACGCGGAGGUACUCUCGUUUCCAUAUAUCCCUUCUCUUCGCAGAGGAUAUAGAGAGAUCACUGGCCGCCAUAGACUUUUCCCCGGUGAGAAUCCUUUGAAACCCAGAAGAUUUUUGGGUGAAAAGGAGGGAAAGUUUUUGUUUUUUUUUCUUCUUGUCCGAGCGAAGAUGAUGAGCAGAGGAGGAGAUCAACGGCUGAGAUCGGCCAGACCCACCACAAUCCACGGCUGUGCUCAUUCCGGCGACCUCCUGGGCUUGCAGAGGCUGCUCAAGGACAACCCUUCUCUUCUCAACGAGCGCAAUCCCGUCAUGUCUCACACACCGCUUCACGUGUCUGCUGGUAAUGGCAAGGUAGAUAUCGUUAAGUAUCUGCUCGAAUGGACGGGAUCUGAGAAAGUCGAGAUGGAAGCCAAGAAUAGUUAUGGCGAAACCCCCUUGCACAUGGCGGCCAAGAACGGAUGCAACGAAGCUGCAAAGCUGCUUCUAGAUCACGGUGCUUUCAUCGAAGCCAAAGCAAGUAAUGGUAUGACGCCAUUACACCUCGCUGUUUGGUACUCAAUCAGCUCGAAGGACAUCUCAACUGUUAAAACUCUGCUUGAGAACAGUGCUGAUUGCAGUGCAAAAGACAAUGAAGGAUUGACUCCAUUGGACCAUCUACCUCGAGGACCGGGGAGUGACAAGUUGAGAGAAUUGUUACGAUGGCAUCUCCAAGAACAGAGAAGGAAACGAGCUGUCGAAGCUUGCAGUGAGACAAAAGCUAAAAUGGAUCUUCUUGAGAAGGAGUUAUCUAAAAUCGUUGGGUUAAGUGAGUUGAAAGCUCAACUCAGGAAAUGGGCUAAAGGGAUGCUUUUAGAUGAAAGGCGUCGGGCUCUGGGUUUAAUCAUCGGAGCUAGAAGAUCUCCUCACAUGGCUUUUCUUGGAAAUCCCGGAACAGGUAAAACCAUGGUGGCUCGAGUUCUUGGGAAGUUGCUCCACAUGGUUGGAAUUUUACCGACCGACAAGGUAACGGAAGUUCAGAGAACGGAUUUGGUUGGUGAAUUUGUCGGACAUACCGGGCCAAAGACCAGGAGAAAGAUCCAAGAAGCCGAGGGAGGAAUUCUGUUUGUGGACGAAGCAUACCGUUUAAUACCAAUGCAGAAGGCAGACGACAAGGACUACGGUCUAGAAGCCUUGGAAGAAAUAAUGUCGGUAAUGGAUACCGGGAAAGUAGUGGUGAUAUUCGCGGGAUACAGCGAGCCGAUGAGACGUGUGAUCGGAUCAAAUGAAGGGUUUUGCAGAAGGGUCACGAAAUUUUUCACUUUCGACGACUUCAGCUCCAAAGAACUGGCAGAGAUUCUACACAUCAAGAUGAAAAACCAGACAGAAUCAAACCCGCUUUACGGUUUCGCCUUGCACGAAUCAUGCACCAUGGAUGAAAUCUUGUCCAUGAUCGAGAGAGAAACCACGGAGAAACAGAGGAAAGAGAUGAACGGCGGAUUGGUGGAUACAUUGCUGGUUAAUGCCAGAGAGAAUCUUGAUCUCAGGCUGAGUUUCGAAUGCGUCGAUACCGACGAGAUCUGCACGAUCACGCUGGAGGAUAUAGAGGCCGGCCUUCGAGCUUUGUCGCAGUGAAAAAGGUUUCGGGUUUGAUCUUCGUAUAGGCGUUAAUGGUUAGAAAGAUCUGAUCAUUUCGGACCGAUCUGAUUCGAUUCGGUUAAAGAGUUAUACCUCAAAUUCUCAAGACAUGUUCUUCACUUCACCCUCCAGAAUCUUUGUUAGGAGAGGUUUGGUUUUUAAGGUAAUGUUCUCUCAAUCUGUUGCUUCGUGAUGUUUGUCAUUCUUUGUUCUUUUGUCCUUUCUUGAAAUGUUUUUUUGUACCCAAAGGUUUUGAUAUUUAUGGCGAUUGUUUGUAUUCGUAUAUGAAUUCUCUAUCCGUUGUA